AUGGCUGCCACGUCCCCCGACGAGGACCUGUCCGACAUUUCCUCACCUCUCGAGUCGCCCACGACCCCCGACAUUCCUUCGCCGUCGUCGCCGCUGGCCCACGCGUCGCUCGAACCUUCGCGCAAUUCGCCGCCGCUGGGUCGCACCGUUUCCGCCGCUCCCACGACGUCGGGCAUGACUGCGUCUUCAACCCCGUUGGGCGCUCUCAAUGCUGCCCGCCGUCCCCCGCCCAAAGCUCCCUCUAUGUCAAGCAGAGGUGGUGGUCUGAACAUGCCUGCCGACAUCAUGGCUCGCAUGAAGGCUGUCACUCUCUCAAGGCAGGGUGCUCCGCCCCCGAACCCCAUGCAGCAAGGGCCCACCGCGCCCGCGGCUGCAAGCCCGGUGCCUGGCCAGUCGCCCGUCGGCGGCAUCGCCGGAAAGCAAUGGCUUUCUCCGCCAGGCGGCAAGCCGGUCCUGCCACACUUCCCCUCUGCACCUGCAGUGCCGGGCAGGAAAAUGGGCGGUCCCUCGCUGGCAGAGAAGCGUGGGUUGAACCUUGGCGGUUUGACUGGUUCGCCGGUAAAUGGCUCGCCGGCACCCGGCGCUGCGGCCGGUAAGAAGAAGAAGCCUGGCCUGAAGCUAUCCGACAUCACCGGCCCUGCGCCCGGAGAGGGCGACGCUGCAUCGAGCGGAGCCCCAGCCCCCACCGGCGGCUCGAUGAUGGACAAAUACGCCGAGUUUCUGGACAAGGAGACGGGUGCGCUCCGCUUCAAGGGGAAGGCGGUGCUCACCAACAAAGGUGUUGAGUUCGAGAGCGGCUCGAGUUUUAAAAUAUCUUUGGACGAGGUCGAUACGCUGGACGAGCUGGGCAAGGGAAACUAUGGCACCGUCUACAAGGUGAGGCAUAGCCGGCCGACGAUGAGGAGGCCCGGUCUGGGCCUGGCAGGCAACAAGGUCCAGUCCUCACCUGCCGUGCCUCAUUCGCCUGCUACGGCCCGCAGCGAUGCCGACUCGAGCCCGGUCGCCGCGAAAUCUGGCACCGGCAUCAUUAUGGCCAUGAAAGAGAUGCGGUUAGAACUUGACGAUGCCAAGUUCGCGACCAUCAUCAUGGAACUUGACAUCCUGCAUCGUUGCAUUUCUCCUUACAUCAUCGACUUUUACGGCGCGUUUUUCCAGGAAGGUGCGGUGUACAUUUGCAUGGAAUUCAUGGACGGCGGUUCCAUCGACAAGAUAUACGGCGACGGUAUUCCUGAAAACAUCUUACGGAAAAUCACUCUUGCGACGACCAUGGGCCUUAAAUCUUUAAAGGACGGACAUAACAUCAUUCAUCGCGACGUCAAGCCCACAAACAUCCUUGUGAAUACACGUGGACAGGUCAAGAUUUGCGAUUUCGGCGUCAGCGGAAAUCUGGUGGCUUCGAUUGCUAAGACGAACAUUGGCUGUCAGAGCUACAUGGCUCCCGAGCGGAUAUCAAGUGGUGGCAUUGCACAGGCUGGCGCCAACCCCGGCGGCGGGACUUACAGUGUCCAGAGCGACAUUUGGAGUUUGGGUUUGACCAUCAUCGAAUGCGCGAUGGGCCGCUACCCUUACCCCCCGGAGACCUACAACAACAUCUUCAGCCAACUGAGCGCCAUUGUCGAUGGCGAUCCACCCGAUCUCCCGACGGAAGGCUACUCGGAGUUGGCGCGCAACUUUGUCAGCGGUUGUCUCAACAAAAUCCCAAACCUACGCCCAACCUACGCCAUGCUUCUAGAGCACGCUUGGUUGUCGCCAUUGCUCAAGCCACCCACCAUCACCGAAGAGGACGAGGAAAGCGACGACGCAUCUGCAUCCGCGUUCAGCGCCCCCCACAUGGACUACACGGGCGCCGAGGCGCCCUCCGACCCAGAAGUCGCUCAGUGGGUCAUAGACGCGAUCGAGAGACGGAAGAACGGCACGCUGGGUCUGAGCAAGAAGCCAGCGUUGCACGCGGCACCUUUGGAUGCGGUCGGAAGCCCUUCUUCGACGGCGCAAGACAAGGGCGAGCUCAGUCCCCCGCCUGCCGCGGACGCGGACGCGGACGGGGAUGCCAACGCCAACGCCGACGCUGACGCCGACGCUGAGGCGGAAUAAGCGCACGACAACGGGAUUAGGCCUGCGAUUUACCAUGUGCAGCCCACGAAGUAGAAUUGACACGAGAUAUGGUUCGACGCUUUAACUUUCAAGUCACGCUCGCUAGACCUUUAUAGGGGCAGAAACACGAAAGGAAUCGGUCAUCGGAAAUGGGUUU